UGUGAGCAGGUGGUCGAGGAGCAGGUGGAGAGACUGGUUUCUCCCCGUCAGCAGCAGGAGGUGGACUGCUCCUCUGUUUAUCAGUUCAACACUCAGGGCUGGAGGCUGGAUGUGGAGCGCAUGCGGCACGAACACGGAGGAGACGACGGCAUCGCUCGAUAUUACCAGAGACAAGGCCCUAAAGCUGCCUGUUACAUAUUCAAACCUCCAGACAUUGAGAGAGAGGUGGUGAACCGGACUGUCAGACAGUGUUGUGAAGGCUGGACUGGACCGCACUGCGCACAGGGUGUGAGUGUUCGUGGUCAGUGUUUCUCCACCUGGACGUGUGAGGAGUUUCCGGGGGUCCAGAACUCAUCUCUGAUGGCGCUGGAACAGUGCUGCAGUCACCUGUGGGCUCUGAGCUGGAGAAACGCCUCUGACCACACCUGUCUGUCCUGCACAUACACUCCUGCCAGCAUCAACAGUUUUCUCUCUCCUCAGAUGUGGGUUCGUCUGCAGUGGUCCGCCGGUGGGCUGUUUCGCAGUGUGCGUGAUCCGCAGGCCUCCUCACAGUGUGAGCUGGAGCGGGACUCACUUUCGCACCUUCGACCGCAAACACUUUCACUCCAGGGCAGCUGCACAUACCUGCUGGCCUCAUCCACUGACGGGACCUGGGCCGUGUACAUCAGUACAGUGUGUGAGACCAGCGGACGCUGCAGGAAGGCUCUGCGGAUGAUGUUGGGUCUUGGCUUGGUUUCUAUUCAUAAAGACAACAUGACUGUUAAUGGUUUAGCAUUACCGCAGGGAGAACCUCUCUUUCAGAAUGGGGUCAGUGUUCAUUGGCUGGGUGAUUUUGUGUUUGUGGAGAGUGGUUUGGGCGUCAGACUAAAGUUUGACAUGGAGAACACAGUUUAUCUGACCGUUACUGCAGAACACCUCACAAACACUAGAGGUCUUUGUGGAGUUUAUAACAACAAUCCUGAUGAUGACUUCACUACCAGCGCUGGAAGUGUGUCUCAAUAUGCCGCCAGCUUUGGAAACUCAUGGCGCGUACAAGAUCAACAAGGCCAGAUAUGCUGA